CACUUGUAAAUCUGUCGAGUCUUAAACUGGGUCUUCGUGCCAGUUUCAGCAAUACUCCUGUGCAUUGACGCGACCCCAGAAAAAUGAGUUCAGCCGAUCCGCGCACUCACUAUCAAGGACGCGAAAUCCAGCUAUAUGACACUGGAGCUAACCCAGUCUUCGACGGCAGCUCGUCCUAUAAGCAGGACUAUCCAGCGCACGCAAUCAACCCUCGUCAACCGGUUAGCCCUGGCCAGCGUCAAUACCAAGGCAACAACGUCCCUUUUGAGGGCAACUCCUCCUACAAGCAGGACUAUCCAGCGCACCAACUUGAGCCCCGGCCUCCUGCUUCAGGCGGACAGUACCAACCCAACCCGGCGCCAUUCGAUGGCUCCACCGCCUACCGUGAUACCUACCGCCCUCAUGCCAUCGACCCCAGCCUCUACCAGCGCUCCGGCGGCGGUACCAACCGCCCGUACAACACCGGUACGGCACCCUUCGAGGGGAACUCGUCGUACAAGCAGGAUUUCCCGCAGCACCCCAUAGAGCCGCGGCAGCAGCAUGCCACCUCACAGUACCAGGCCAAUAACGCGCCCUUUGACGGCACCUCUCAUUACAAGUCCGACUACCAGGCCUACCAGCUGGAGCCCCGCGCGCCCGCCGGACCGCCCCCGGCGCCCUACAACCCCGCACCCUUCGAGGGACAGACCCACUACAGGGACGACUUCCGCGCCCCGCCGCUGGAGCCCCGCCCCCCGCCCCCCGCCGCCGCCUACCAGCCCAACGCCGCCCCCUUCCAGGGCUCCACCGAGACCCGCGACCAGUACCAACCCUGGCCCCUGGACCCAGCCAACACACAGCGACGGACGGGCCCGCCCCCCAUGCUACCCUCCGUGCCCUUUGACGCCUCCUCCACCUACAAGCAGCAGUUCCGAGGGUGGCGCCUGCCGCCCCGCCGCCCCGCCCUGGGCGUGCAGCUGCGCGGCGACCGAGCCUACACGCUCAUCCCCGCGGAGGCGCCGCUGCCCGCGGUGGGCAAGCAGGUGUUCACCACGGUCCACGACAACCAGACGGAGAUAUGCGUGCUGGUGCUGCGGGGAGACGCCCCGGUGGCCAGUCGUAACUCGGUGAUCGGGCAGUUCGACCUAACGGGUCUGCCGCCGGGUCCCCGCGGCGCCGCCCGUGUGGAGAUCAACCUGACCCUCAGCCCCGACAACGUGCUGUCCGCCACCGCCACCGACCUGGAUGCGCAGCGGCAGGAGCAGUGGCUGCGGCAGGGCAGCAUGGUGGCGCGGAAGCACUCGGACGAGGUGACGGCGGUGUGAGGGAAGGGAGGGUGGAAAAACCCUCCCUGCAAAUUGAAGCACGGGGAGGGAGCGGAGAGGGAGUGGAUGCGCAGGGGCGGGGCGGUGGAGUGAGGUGGGAGUAGUAGGUCAGCGGCGACGUUGCCCUGACUGGCAAUUGUGUAAUUUGUGUAAAUAUCCGUACGGUGCAUUCGUUUCGGCGCAGCUGCCCGGAGGUGGGAGUCGGUAGGCAGAUUGGAAGGGGUUUUAGCUACUCUGGCUAGUGGGCAGGUCACUUUGGGUUUAGGCGGGGCACUCUGCCCAGCCUCGUGCGGGUCUCUUCCUGUGAACCAGGAGCGGUCGCUUACAAGGUCGUGUUUGGCUGCUGGUGAAUACCAUGUGUGGUUGUCAGCGAGCGGGUAGCAAGUGGGCUGUGAGUUACCGGAGCGCGCGAGAUUCUCCUAUAGUCCUAUUGAUUGGCAAGAACUUGGCUCGGGAUAUAUACUGCAGGCGCAUGAGAGCGCCUAGGCAUGGAGAUCUUUUAGGAAUUUGCAAACCGGACCCCUGGUGAAAGAUCCCAGGCGAGCGAAUUGCGUCACUAGUCAUAACACACGUCUCAUGACCUGCGGGCGUUACAUACCCGGUUCAGUUGCGGACUGCGCCCAAGAAUGUGCCCUUAUACGGUGAGAAGUGUGAUCACAGGUCUUGGGGAGGCUGCUUGUCCUUGUGAUUAAGGAUAUGAGGCCGGGUGUCAUGAUGAGGUGAUGACCCAUGGGUCAGUCUGUUGGUCUUGCAGCUGGGGUGCUGGCGAGAAGCCGGGCAAUGCUCCACGUGGCGCACCCUCCUAGACGCGCUGAAACACAAACGCGUCAGGGAUGAUGUUGUGUGUUGCUUUGGACCCUCUGCUUUGUUGAAACAAACACCGGCAUGA